AUGACGGCGUCGGGCUGGUGGUUGGUGUGUGUGUAUGUCACGUGUUUCCACCCAUCUCUCAAUCUGGCCAUUAAGAGGAUCAUAGUGAAUUAUUCAUCUCAAAACCUGUCCUCGGUUCCUCCCGGCCUGAACCCGUCUACAGAAGACCUGGACCUGUCGCUUAACCGCAUCCAAAUGCUGAGCGGCAAAGACUUCAGCACAACACCACGACUCCAUUCCCUCAAUCUGUCCUGGAAUACGCUGGAAAACAUACACGCGGACACAUUCAACUCAACACCGGCUUUGGAAAUCUUGGACCUGUCGCACAACAAACUCCAGAAUCUCUCGGAUCAACCGUAUCUGUUUAACACGGGAAAUCUUCAGUUCUUAGACUUGUCAUCCAACAUGUUUUCCGUCAUGGCACUAGGGAAGGAAUUUUCUACCUUGAAACGCCUGCAAUGGCUCGGCCUGAGUGCAAUAUCAAUCAGCAACAAAGACUUCACUCACAUUGCUAGUCUUACCUUGAAAACGCUCUUUAUUAAUACCGACAAACUCCAGAUGUACGAGGAGAGGAGUUUAAUGGAUGUGCAUGCGGAGAAAGCCAUCAUCGCCUUUUCCAACAGUAACCACGAUAUUGCAAUCGCUGGUGAUGUUCUUGCAUCGUUUAGAGAGGUCGAAUUCACUAAAGUGGACCGUGAGAUGAAGGUUCUCCAGGAGAUACGCCGUCGGGGAACGGUACGCACCGUUAGCCUGGAAAUCUCCACGGUUGAAACCACAUGGGAAGUUCUGACAAGCUGUGUAAACACUAUAUUUACUUCUGUCAUUCAACGGCUUUCCUUUUCUGACCUAACCAUGACGAACAUGGCAAAGGGCAGCCAAGUGUCCUCAAGCCGCGUACUGGACUCCUUCUCUGCAAGACGAGCGUCCGUAACCCAAUUCCUCUUCGACCAAACGAUUCUCUACGACUUCUUCAUAAACAUGCCAGCGAGGAACGUCAGUUUCACCCAAACGCCAAUCAUCUUUAUGACCUGUCCUUGGACUGUUAGCAAGAUCGAGGCGUUGGACUUGUCCGAUUGCGCUCUUACGGAAAAAAUCUUCUCUAUUGGUCCGGACAAGGAAUGCGAUACACUUACAAACCUGGAAAACCUGGUUUUAAGAGGCAACAACCUGAAACAUCUCGGACCACUGACCUCAAGAAUCAAUCUCAUGAUCUCGCUGAAAUACGUCGAUCUCAGUCAGAACACGCUUAGCUAUUCUCAGGAGCAAGGCAAGUGCGUUUGGCCUCGCAACGUCGUCCACGUGGACUUCUCCUCCAAUGGGUUUGACCAGAGCGUCUUCAAGUGUUUGCCCGAUUCCAUACGCAUCUUAAACCUCCGGAAUAACCGAGUGACCUUAGUCCCGACAGAUGUUCGUGUGUUGGAAAACUUAAGCGUUUUAGACCUCACGGAUAACCGCUUGCUCGACCUUCCCACAUGUCAAGCAUUCCCAAACCUCCACAAGCUCCUGUUAAGGUCAAACUCCCUCCAUUCGCCGUUCCCGGACUCCCUCAAGACUUGCCAACAUCUUAAAGAUCUCGACUUGAGCCGUAACCCCUUCAUCUGCACGUGUGCCUUGCGUGAAUUCGCGGCUCUUAUCAAUAACCGAGCGACACACGCCAAUAGCGUGACUCUUGGCCACUGGCCGGAAGGAUAUCAAUGCAGUUACCCAGAAUCCCGAAGCAACACAAUGCUCAAAGACUUCUACCUUCCCGAGAUAUCCUGCGACGGCUGGAUUCUUGCUAUUACUAUUCUAAUCCCGACAAUCGCUUUGAUAGUUGCCGUCAGCCUUCUUUGCCACCGCCUGGACGUGCCCUGGUACCUCAAGAUGAUUUGGAAAUGGACAAGCGCCAAGAAACACGCAAUAACCUCCAGAAAGAAGGCGGAGGAUAUGAAGGAGUUGCACUUUCAUGCGUUCGUAUCGUACAGCCAACGAAACGCCGAAUGGGUCAAAGCUCAAUUUCUCCCCAAGCUGGAAGGCGAGUGUGGGUUGCGAGUGUGUCACCACGAGCGGGACUUCAUCCCGGGGAAAACGAUCGUUCAGAACAUCCUCCGAUGCAUCGAGCAAAGCAGAAAGUGCGUGUUUGUUCUCUCGUCUCACUUCGUCCAGAGCGAAUGGUGCCACUACGAGCUUUACUUCGCCAAUCACCAACGGGUAAUGCAAGGGAUGGAUAGCAUUAUCCUCAUUCUGCUCGAACCUCUGCCGUCAUAUCUCAUUCCCUCAAAGUAUUACCAGCUCAAGGCCAUGAUGUCCAGACGCACAUAUCUCGAGUGGCCGCAAGAAGGAGCCAAGCAGAAGCUGUUUUGGGCAAAUCUUAGAGCGUCUCUGCAGGCCAACCUUCCCAUUCACUCGGAGAGAGAAGAAGAGUGAUCUAACAAAUGAAUUUCAUUGAUAUUGUCAAGCGGACAUUCA